UUCCUGAAUCGGGGAGGAAUGUUCCUAAGGAGGGGCUGCUGGGGCAGCACGUGGGGUUAUAAAAACCACCGCGUGGAGGGGAGCCGGAGAGAAGAGGAGGAUGGCGGAGAUGUGUGACCCCAAGGAGCCGGAUGACCCCGAGGUGGAGGUGUUUGGGGACCAGAGACUGGCUAAGAAAUACACCGGCCUGCUCAGGAGCUCACGGAGCCUGCCAGGGUGUCUGACCCAGGCCCACCUGCCUCUGCUGCUGCUUCUCGUCUCUCUGGGCUUCUUCAUGCUCCUGGUGACCACUCUGGUUCAAGUCUCCAGGAUCCACCAAUCCCUGCAGAGAGACACAGGGGACCAUCGGGAGAGGAACCAUCAGGAGAGCCCUGGCCUCGGGGAUGUUUCUCAGGCCCAGAAACAAUCAUCCCUGGAGGAGAUACUCCAGCAGCUGACCUGGAUGAAUGCCACCCUGGCUGGCCUGUGCCGCCACUGCCCCUGGAAAUGGGAACUUUUCCAGGGAAGCUGCUACUUCUUCUCCCUGACCCAGAACACCUGGAAAGAGUCCAUCGCCGCGUGUCAGAACAUGAGGGCCCAGCUGGUGGUCAUCAACAGCACUGAGGAGCAGAAAUUUCUGAAGUCUUGGAAUACGAAAAAUAGCCAGCGCACAUGGAUCGGCCUCAGUGACCACCACAAUGAGGGUUCUUGGAGAUGGGUGGACGACACUCCCCUCCAACUCAGCUUCUGGAAAGAAGGGGAACCCAACAACCACGGGGAUGAGGACUGUGUGGAAUUGUACAGUGACGGCUGGAAUGACAACAGAUGUAGUACAGAAAACUUCUGGAUCUGUAAGAAGCCCUCGUCCCCCUGCCCGGGCCUCUGAGGGCCAGUGCUCCCCGUGCCCCACCCCGUCUCCAGAGAUCAGGCAACGAGCUCAUGCAUGGAGGCUGCUCGUUUCUCUCGGGCUUCAUUCUUUCUGCUUCUCCUGCUGGUGGACUCCCACCCUUCUGCAUGGAGGCCUUUAAGGUCCUGAGAGAGAUUCCGAGACCCCCUGCUCCUCUAAGAUCUGUCCCUUCGUAGGCUGUAGACGUCUCCCUUCUUCUGUUGAUGGUCUCAGCCCCUCUCCAACACCCCCCAUGACAUCCCCUUAAUAAAGUCACACACUGCAUUAUGUGUUCCAUUGAA